AUGAAAUCACUAUCCUGGGAAGAAAGGGGCAUACGUGUUGAUGGAAGAUUUCUCUCCAACCUUCGUUUCACGGACGACAUCGUUCUCUUUUCGAGCAGUACCAAUGAAGCAGAAACGAUGCUCAACGAAUUAAACGAAGCAGGGAAGAGAAUAGGACUACGAAUAAACAGAAUGAAGACACAGUUCAUGAAGAACGCCCACUGCGAGGACGGAGGAGUACAACUUGAAGGCUCCCAAAUCGUGGAAACUCCGUCAUACGUAUACCUCGGACGUUCUAUGAACAUGAAAAACGACUUGAAGGAAGAACUGAAUAGAAGAAUGAGAGCAGCAUGGGCAGCAUUCGCAGCCGUCAGGGAAGCUACGGACCAACUGACGGACCAAGAUCUUCGUGCCCAUUUGUUCGACUCGACAGUCCUUCCAUCGCUCUGUUACGCAGCGGAGACGUGGGCAGACACCGCGGCCACGUCUAAGAAGCUACUUACUACCCACAGAGUCCUUGAGAGAUGUCUCCUGAAGUUUAACCGACGCACCCAACACCUUGCCGGUCUUCGUAGCUCCGAAUUAAGAACAAUGUCCCGUCUUCGCGACCCAGCGGAAUAUGUAUCGAAAGCAAAACAUAGAUGGGCCGGUCAUAUCAUGAGAAGAAUCGACGAUAGAUGGACUAAAAGAACGCUAGAGUGGAUCCCAAGGGACGCUAAACGCCCCCGAGGGAGACCGCCAACGAGAUGGGGUGACGUGUUCGCUGCACGGAUGGACCAGCUGAGAGCUCAGCUGGAUACGGCUCAAGGACUUCGUCAACGUCACUCACGAAGCUUGAGAACAUCUUGGAUGACAAUGGCUAGGGAAACGAGUGGAAGAGAUGCCCGCACGUCUAGUGAAGACGGGCCAUCUAAGUAUUUAAGUAAGUAUUCGUAUACGGCAUAG